AUGAAAGGUCUCGGUACUCUCUUCUCCCUGGUUGUUUUCGUCUGUCAGUCUAACCUUUCUCAGGCCAAGAGACUGCAUUUUGGUCGAUGCUCACUGACCGCUAACUUGCCCGAAAUCCAACGGGCAUUCUCAGAUAUCAGACAGGGAAUACAAGCGGAAGAUAUAAUUGAUGAUGUGAGGAUUCUAACCAAAUCUACCUUACAUGGCAUUCAGGCAGAGGAGAGCUGCUGUUUUCUGCGCCACAUGUUGAGGUUCUAUGUGGAGACUGUCUUCAAACAUCACGCUCCAUCCAGCUCCCUUAUCGAGAGGAGGACGAACAUCCUGGCCAACUCCUUCCUCAGCAUCAAGCGAGAUCUGCGCCAAUGUCAUGCAGAUAUGAAGUGCCACUGCGGAGAAAAUUCCAGAACUAAGAUACAGAACAUUCAAAAUACCUUUGAAAAUUUGGCUGUAAGGGCAGCUGCUGUUAAAGCCAUUGGUGAAAUUAAUAUUCUCAUAGAAUGGAUGGAACAAUCUCACCAGAACUAA